GCUAAAAGUGACAUGCAAAUGGUAGUGUUUGUCUGAAUCCUUGGCUGCCUAGAGUAAAGUGCACUCGGGUCGUUCUCGUUCAACUUCUUUUCGGAUGCUUAGAUUCAGAUCUAUCAACGACUCUCUCAAAGUGGAGAGCUUAAGGGCAACUCCAAUGGAACUCUCAAAUUUGAGCCCCUAUUCCCUCUCUCUCAUCCAGAUUUCAGCCCCCUACUUUCCUUCAUCCGCACAAAUCCUCGCCGGCCGCAUCCGCUGCGGAAACGACGUUUCCUCAUCCGCACAUUAGCAUCGAGUCAUGCACGGGAAAUUCAAAAGCAAAUACAAAUUCAAUUCAAAUCCCAAUGCACAUUAGCAGCCUGUAGAUGUGGUUUAACUUAUGCAGCAGUGCUGUUUUCUCCACUCUCUCAGGGCCAGGGGACAUCACGACGCGUGCAGAUUCAGUGGGCCAUCAGCGGUGGCAGCCGCUGUGCGACUUCUCCGACCGCCGCACCGACGUCUGCGACCUCACCGGCGACAUCCGCAUGGACGCCAACGCCUCGGCGUUCAUCGUCGUCGACCAGGUGGGCGGCGCGAACGCGCCGGCGUACAAGGUCCGGCCGUACCCGCGGAAGGGCGACGCCACGAGCAUGGGCCGCGUCACCGAGAUCACCGUGCGGACGGCGGCCGACGCGGGGGCCGCGCCUCGGUGCACGGCGACGCACGCCGAGCCGGCGGUCGUGUUCUCGAUCGGAGGGUACACGGGCAACCUCUUCCACGACUUCACCGACGUCAUCGUCCCGCUGUACAACACCGCGCGGCGCUACGGCGACGUGCGCCUCGUCGUGACCGACGCGGCGCCGCGGUGGCUGGCAAAGCACGGCGCGCUCCUGCGUGGGCUGUCGCGCCACGCGCUGAUCGACCUCGCCAGGGCCGCCACCGCCGGGGAGGUGCACUGCUUCCGCCACGCCGUGGUCGGCCUGCGCGCGCACCGGGAGCUCAUGAUCGAGAGGGAGCGCAGCCCGGACGGGGUCGGGAUGCCGGACUUCACGCGGUUCCUCCGGCGCGCUCUCUCACUGCCCCGGGACGCGCCCACUCGCCCCGGCGGCGCCACCGGAAGCAAACCCCGCCUGCUCAUCAUCUCCCGACGCGGCACCCGGCUGCUCCUGAACACCGAAGCCGUGGUCCGCGCCGCGGAGGAGGUCGGCUUCGAGGUCGCCGUGAACGAGCUGGACGUGGCCAUCGACAUCGUCCAGGUUGGGCGGCUGAUCAACUCGUUCGACGCGCUGGUGGGCGUGCACGGCGCGGGGCUGACCAACAUGGUGUUCCUGCCGCCGGGCGCGACGACGGUGCAGAUCGUGCCGUGGGGCGGGCUGCAGUGGCUCGCACGGAUGGACUUCGGCGAUCCGGCGGAGGCGAUGGGGCUCAGGUACAUCCAGUACGAGAUCGCCGUCCACGAGAGCAGUCUCAAGGACAAGUACCCAAGAGAUCACGAGAUCUUCACCAACCCAACUGCGUUGCACAAGAAGGGCUUCGAGUUCAUGAGGCACACGUUCUUGAACGGACAAGACAUCACCGUCGACAUCAACCGCUUCAGGGCGGUGCUGCUCCAGGCGCUCCAGAACCUCGCGCAAUAGGGUAGGGGUUGUCAACUGUAGUUUAGUUGGUUAGGUUUUUAUUAUGGUGGAACAUGCUCACUCAAGCUCGAAUCUUUGGUUCGGAGCCGGUGUUUAUAUUUUUGGAUAAUUAUUUUUUAGUGAUAGGCCUAUUGACAUCAUGACAUCUGCGUGACUUCAUCAGU